UCUACGAGCUUCAGACAGUGGAGGUGACACCGGGGGUGAAGCGUGUUCUGCUUCCCUUCAAAACCACAGCUGACCUGCCUGAGGACGUCAGAGUGGAGUGGAGACGUUCAGACCUUGAAGAUGUGAAGGUCCUUGUUUAUGAGAACAGCCAAAAAAAGCAUGAAGAGCAACACCAGGACUAUCAAGGCCGCACUGAGAUGAAUGAAGAGCUACUGAGAACCGGAGACCUCAGUCUGACCCUGAAAGACCUCCGACCUACUGACAGUGGAGUCUACACCUGCACCGUCUACAAAAAUGAUGGAGCCAUCCUGAAACAGAAAGUAGUGAUACUCACUAUCAGAGACUACCAGGUGGAAAUAGUCGAAGUAACAAAGGGGAAGAAGUCUGUGCUGCUGCCCUUUAAAACCACUCUUGAUCUACCCGAUGAUGUCACAAUCGAGUGGAGACGUGGUGAUUCCAGAGACACGGUCCACACCUAUCAGGAUGGCCAAAACCUGCUAGAAGAACAGGGGCAGGAUUAUAGAGGUCGCACAGAGAUGAAUAAAGAGCCACUGAGGACUGGAGACCUCAGUCUGACCCUGAAAGACCCCCAAAACACCCACAGUGGUUUCUACAUGUGCACAGUCUCCCAGGGUGAAGACAUCCUGAGACAGAAAAUUGUGACGCUUACUGUCAGAGGAAAACAUGGUGCAAGCUUUACAGAGCAGUUUCAAGGCUUCAGAAAUAAGAGAAAACCCAUGACUGAUGGACCUUCUUCCACUGCGAUUCAUGAAUCUAUUCCACUCACUACUAAAGAAGCAAGUUAAAUGGAGGAGAAGAGCUGGCAGGACCAUCUUUCGGAUUACCUUUGUAUUUGGGCCACUUAGUUUUCCCUGUAUACUCCUCUUUGGUUCCACUUUUAGAAAACAUAAUCUCGGAUGGACACCUGCUCAUUCUCUGCAGCUGGAUCCUUCACUUCCUGUCUGACAGA